UUUGGGUGACAACGGUCAAUAAUGAAAGUGGCUGCGGCGCGGUGGCUGGCUCAGCUGCGCCGGGCGGGGGCGGCGCCGGGGCCGCGCCUGUAGGAGCUCCGGGCCGGCUCGGCGGGAUGGGGACCCGGCGCGGGGAGUGAGGUGGCGGCGGCGAGCGGAACUUCAGCCAGAGGGGCUCGUCUGCUCCCCCCUCUGGCUCGUCGGCCUCCACCUGCAGCCCCUGGGCCCCCGCGCCCCGCGGGGCCGCGACGGCGGGGGCAUGUGGCGCUGGGUCCGGCAGCAGCUGGGUUUUGACCCACCACAUCAAAGUGACACAAGAACUAUUUACAUAGCCAACAGGUUUCCUCAGAAUGGACUUUACACACCUCAGAAAUUUAUAGAUAACCGGAUCAUUUCAUCUAAGUAUACUGUGUGGAAUUUUGUUCCAAAAAAUUUAUUUGAACAAUUCAGAAGAGUGGCAAACUUUUAUUUUCUUAUUAUAUUUUUGGUUCAGCUCAUGAUUGAUACACCUACCAGUCCAAUUACCAGUGGACUUCCAUUAUUUUUUGUGAUAACAGUAACCGCCAUAAAGCAGGGAUAUGAAGAUUGGUUACGACAUAACUCAGAUAAUGAAGUAAAUGGAGCUCCUGUUUAUGUUGUUCGAAGUGGUGGCCUUGUGAAAACUAGAUCAAAAAACAUUCGGGUGGGUGAUAUUGUUCGAAUAGCCAAAGAUGAAAUUUUCCCUGCAGAUUUGGUGCUUCUGUCCUCAGAUCGACUUGAUGGUUCAUGUCAUGUUACAACUGCUAGUUUGGAUGGAGAAACUAAUUUGAAGACACAUGUGGCAGUUCCAGAAACAGCAGUAUUACAAACAGUUGCCAAUUUGGACAGCCUUGUAGCUGUAAUAGAAUGCCAGCAACCAGAAGCAGAUUUGUACAGAUUCAUGGGACGAAUGAUAAUAACUCAACAAAUGGAAGAAAUUGUAAGACCCUUGGGACCCGAGAGUCUCUUGCUUCGUGGAGCCAGAUUAAAAAAUACAAAAGAAAUUUUUGGUGUUGCUAUAUACACUGGAAUGGAAACUAAGAUGGCAUUAAAUUACAAGAGCAAGUCACAGAAACGAUCUGCAGUAGAAAAAUCAAUGAACACAUUUUUGAUAAUUUAUCUAAUAAUCCUUAUCUCUGAAGCCAUCAUCAGUACCAUCUUGAAGUAUACAUGGCAAGCUGAAGAAAAAUGGGAUGAACCUUGGUAUAACCAAAAAACAGAACAUCAAAGAAAUAGUAGUAAGAUUCUGAGGUUUAUUUCUGAUUUCCUUGCUUUUUUGGUACUCUACAAUUUCAUCAUUCCAAUUUCAUUAUAUGUAACAGUUGAAAUGCAAAAAUUUCUUGGAUCAUUUUUUAUUGGCUGGGAUCUUGAUCUCUAUCAUGAAGAAUCAGAUCAGAAAGCUCAAGUCAAUACUUCUGAUCUUAAUGAAGAGCUUGGACAGGUGGAAUAUGUGUUUACAGAUAAAACUGGAACACUGACAGAAAACGAGAUGCAGUUUCGGGAAUGUUCAAUUAAUGGCAUGAAAUAUCAAGAAAUCAGUGGUAGACUGGUACCUGAAGGACCAACACCUGACUCUUCAGAAGGAAAUUUAUCUUACCUGAAUAGUUUAUCCCAUCUUAACAACUUGUCCCAUCUUACAACCAGUUCUUCUUUUAGAACCAGUCCUGAAAAUGAAACUGAACUAAUUAAAGAACACGAUCUCUUCUUUAAGGCAGUCAGUCUUUGCCACACUGUUCAGAUCAGCAAUGUUCAUGUCGAUGGCAUUGGUGAUGGUCCCUGGCAGUCCAAUCUGGCACCCUCCCAGUUGGAAUAUUAUGCAUCUUCACCAGAUGAAAAGGCUCUAGUGGAAGCUGCUGCGAGAAUUGGUAUCGUGUUUAUUGGCAAUUCUGAAGAAACUAUGGAAGUUAAAAUACUUGGAAAACUGGAACGGUACAAAUUGCUUCACAUUCUGGAAUUUGAUUCAGAUCGUAGGAGAAUGAGUGUAAUUGUUCGGGCACCUUCAGGUGAGAAGCUUUUAUUUGCUAAAGGAGCUGAAUCAUCAAUUCUUCCAAAAUGUAUAGGUGGAGAAAUAGAAAAAACCAGAAUUCAUGUAGAUGAAUUUGCUUUGAAAGGGCUAAGAACUCUCUGUAUAGCCUUUAGACAAUUUACAUCUAAAGAAUAUGAAGAAAUAGAUAGGCGCCUAUUUGAAGCCAGGACUGCCUUGCAGCAACGGGAAGAGAAGUUAGCUAAUGUCUUCCAAUUUAUAGAAAAAGACCUGAUACUACUUGGAGCUACAGCAGUGGAAGACAGACUACAAGAUAAAGUUCGAGAAACUAUUGAAGCAUUGAGAAUGGCUGGUAUCAAAGUAUUACUUACUGGAGAUAAACAUGAAACAGCUGUUAGUGUGAGUUUAUCAUGUGGACAUUUUCAUAGAACUAUGAACAUCCUUGAACUUAUAAACCAGAAGUCAGAUAGUGAAUGUGCUGAACAACUGAGGCAACUUGCCAGAAGAAUUACAGAGGAUCAUGUGAUUCAGCAUGGGCUUGUAGUAGAUGGGACCAGCCUAUCUCUUGCACUCAGGGAACAUGAAAAACUAUUUAUGGAAGUUUGCAGAAAUUGUUCAGCUGUAUUAUGCUGUCGUAUGGCACCACUGCAGAAAGCAAAAGUAUGUAAUAAGACUAAUAAAAUCUCACCUGAGAAACCUAUAACAUUGGCUGUUGGUGAUGGUGCUAAUGAUGUAAGCAUGAUACAAGAAGCACAUGUUGGCAUAGGAAUCAUGGGUAAAGAAGGAAGACAGGCUGCAAGAAACAGUGACUAUGCAAUAGCUAGAUUUAAAUUCCUCUCCAAAUUACUUUUUGUUCAUGGUCAUUUUUAUUAUGUUAGAAUAGCUACCCUUGUACAGUAUUUUUUUUAUAAGAAUGUGUGCUUUAUCACACCCCAAUUUUUAUAUCAGUUCUACUGUUUGUUUUCUCAACAAACACUGUAUGACAGCGUGUACCUGACUUUAUAUAAUAUUUGUUUUACUUCCCUACCUAUUCUGAUAUAUAGUCUUUUGGAACAGCAUAUAGACCCUCAUGUAUUACAGAACAAGCCCACCCUCUAUCGGGACAUUAGUAAAAACCGUCUCUUAAGCAUUAAAACAUUUCUUUAUUGGACCAUCCUGGGUUUCACUCAUGCCUAUUUCUUUUUUGGAUCCUAUUUUCUAAUGGGGAAAGAUAUAUCUCUGCUUGGAAAUGGCCAGAUGUUUGGAAACUGGACUUUCGGCACUUUGGUCUUUACAGUCAUGGUUAUUACAGUCACAGUAAAGAUGGCUUUGGAAACUCAUUUUUGGACUUGGAUCAACCAUCUUGUUACCUGGGGAUCUAUUGUAUUUUAUUUUGUAUUUUCUUUGUUUUAUGGUGGAAUUCUCUGGCCAUUUUUAGGUUCUCAGAAUAUGUACUUUGUAUUUAUUCAGCUCCUAUCAAGUGGUUCUGCUUGGUUUGCCAUAAUCCUUAUGGUUGUAACUUGUCUAUUUCUUGAUGUUGUGAAGAAGGUGUUUGACCGACAGCUUCAUCCUACAAGUACUGAAAAGGCACAGCUUACUGAAACAAAUUCAAGUAUCAAGUGCUUGGACUCCAUGUGCUGUUUCCCAGAAGGAGAAACAGCGUGCGCAUCUGUUAGAAGAAUGCUGGAACGAGUCAUAGGAAGAUGUAGUCCAACCCACAUCAGCAGAUCAUGGAGUGCAUCGGAUCCUUUCUAUACCAACGACAGGAGCAUCUUGACUCUCUCCACAAUGGACUCAACUACUUAUUAAAGGGGCAGUAGUACUUUGUGGGAGCAAUUUCACCUUUUCUCAGAUUCAGGGUGAUCAUCCUGUAAAUGGCCACACUAGCUCUGAAAUUACUUUCUGAAAUCUCUGGAGUAGUUCAUACUCACUCAGAGUAAUAAUGGCAAACAAACAAAAUUAACAUGAACCCUUUUCUCCCUUUAAUUUGAAUCUGAACAUGUUAAAAUUUGUGAAUAAAGAGACAUUUUCAAUCUCUUUGUCUGGGUUGUCCCUUCUGCUUAUGGGACUCCUAAUGGCAUUUCAGCCUAUUGCUGAGGCCACUAUAUUUUAAUAUCAAAGUAGAAAGGAGAUAACUUCUAGUUAUGUGUAUUUUUUAGAAUUAGCUUGACUGACUCUUAUAUUUAAAUCUGCUUCUGUAAAUUAUGCUGAAAGUUUGCCUUGAGAACUCUAUUUUUUUAUUAGAGUUAUAUUUGAAGAUUUUCAUGGGAAAAGUUAAUGUGAAUAUUAAGAAAUUCUGGUCCCUCGUUGACUGUGUUAAUUCAGUAGUGCUUUUUAAGUUCACAGAGCAAAUUAGAAUAUAUUUCCACAUUAUUUACUGCAGUAUGAAGAGUAAAUUUAUACCAAUACCAAAUUUCUCUAAAUGUAACACAGCUAGUAAAAUUAACCCUAUAAAUGCAAAGAGGGCUUAUCAUAUCUUAUACAUAAAUCAGAAAUCAGGUCCAGUCACCAAAUUUCAAAGUGAUGUAUAUUAACAUUUUUUGUGACUGAAUAUGAAGAAGCUAUAGUGGGUAAAUUUGAUACCAUUAACAUGUUACUAAUUUGUCUUUAUCAUUGGAUCUUUUGCAUGCUUUAACCUGGCUAAUAUAUUUAAAUUUGCUUUCUUUCUUUAUCCAAAGGCUCUGUUUAUAGUAUUUUAUGACAAUGUUGUAAGUUCAACUAUAUCAAUAAAAAACAAAUUUGGACAGUA